CUACAACUACAACUAGAGCAGUCACCUCUCCAGACUUCAAACUCUCCUCUCCUGAUGCUUCAAGGAGCACCUGUCAUCCCGGCAUCCUUUGCGUGUCCAAUAUGGAGGAACUGGUGGUGGAGGUCCGUGGCUCCAACGGGGCGUUUUACAAGGGCGUUGUCAAAGACAUCCACGAUGACUCUCUCACCAUUGCCUUUGAGGACAAUUGGCAGCCAGAGCGCCAGGUGCCCUUCAGUGACGUCAGGAUGCAACCAGCCGCUGACAGCAAGAAGGAGAUCGGAGAGGGCGAGGAGGUGGAGAUCCUCUCCAGAGCCAACGAUCAGGAGCCUUGUGGUUGGUGGCUGGCUAAAGUCCGCAUGAUGAAGGGAUCUUUCUAUGUGAUUGAGUAUGCAGCCUGCGACGCGACCUACAAUGAAAUAGUGACCUUUGACCGUCUGCGUCCAGUCAACAGUAACAAGGCCAUCACCAAGAACUCCUUCCACAAGUGCACUGUCCCUGUUCCUCAGGAUCUACAAGAAGCGUGCCAGGGUGAGAACGCCCAUAAGGACUUUAAGAAAGCCGUGGGAGCCUGUCGCAUCUCGUACUGCCCUGAGACCAGCCAACUACUGAUUAUGUCCUACAAUGAGUCGACAGUGAAGCGUGUGUCCUUGCUGAGUGACAUGCACCUGCGCAGCAUCAGGACCAAGCUGCUGCUGAUGUCACGCAACCAUGAGGCCACAAAACACCUGGAGAGCUCCAGGCAGCUGGUGUCGUCCUUCCAGGAGGAGUUUGUGGUGAGAGCGGAUCUGAUGGGCCUGGCCAUCGGCAGCCACGGCAGCAACAUUCAGCAAGCACGGAAAGUUCCAGGUGUCUCUGCCAUCGACCUGGAUGAGGAGACCGGCACUUUCAGGAUCUAUGGAGAGACAGCGGAGGCAGUGAAGAAGGCCAGGAACUUCCUGGAGUUUCUGGAGGACUCUGUCGAUGUGCCCAGGGCUCUUGUUGGCAAAGUGAUCGGUAAGAACGGUAAGGUCAUCCAGGAGAUUGUGGACAAGUCCGGUGUGGUGAGGGUCAGGAUAGAAGGAGACAAUGACAACAAGCAGCCCCGACAGGAGUCGACACAGGGAAUGGUCCCCUUCACCUUUGUCGGUACUAAGGAGAGCAUUGGCAAUGUUCAGGUCUUGCUGGAGUACCACAUCUCUUACCUCAAUGACAUGGUGGAGCUGCUUGCGGAAGGCCAGCAGCUAGAGGAACAGCUGAGGCAGAUUGUGGAUUAUACACAGGGAAGCAGCCUAGCAAGAUUCAGAAUAAGCAGCACAAGGCACAAUGGAUGUGAUGAAGUUGAGCAGCUUCGUCUGGAGAGGAUGCAGAUUGAUGAACAGUUACGUCAGAUCACCCAGAGUCACCGCCCCGGAGAGAGAGGAGAGAGAGGAGAGAGAGGAGAGAGAGGAGAGAGAGGAGAGAGAGGGGAAAGAGGGGAAAGAGGAGGAGGGCAUAAUACAGAUGGCAGUGCCAAUGCCUCCUCGUCCUCUCUACAUGGCAGUCGCUCCUACAACAGUCGAGGGCGCGGGCGUAGAGGCCACGGCCACAGCUCUGGACAUGGAACCAACUCAGAGCAGUCCAACGCCUCUGAGACAGAUUCAGAGCGCAGGGAUGAGCUCAGUGACUGGUCCCUUGCUGGAGAAGAUCAGGACAGGGAGAGGGAGAGAGGCCAGCGACCACAGAGAGAUGGCCGCAGGAGGCCUGGACCCGGCAGAGGUCGAGGAGGGCCCGGAGGAUGGGGGAGAGGAGGAAGAGGAGGGUACAACAACAGCUCUGCAGGACUUCGGGACAACGAGGACAACAACGCCUAUGGAGCCGCAGAGACAAACACAGAGACAGACCAGACAGCUGAUACAGAUGCUAGCGAGUCCAACUUGCCCGCAAACCGCCGCAGAAGAUCCCGACGGCGCAGAACAGACGAAGACACCACGCUGAUGGAUGGCAUGAGCGAGUCGGACAACGCCUCAAUGAGUGAAAAUGGAAUAGAUGACUCAGAAGUUAAACCUCAGCGUCGUAACCGUAGUCGACGUCGCCGCAUCCGCCUGCCUGAGGAGAGGCAGCCAGUGACGGUGGCUGACUACAUAUCCCGGGCUGAAUCUCAGAGCAGACAGACGACCACCACUAAGGACACCAAGAAAAACAAGGAUGUGGUUCAGGUGGACGCCAUCGCUGAGGACAGCCCACCGUCUGCCCCGGCAACCACCAACGGUUCUAACAACGACCCGGGUGACAGCGAGUGCAGCAAUGCCACCGGUGCUCCCGCUAAAGUCUCCUGCCACGGGGACUCUAACCCACAACCUGUUGUUAACGGACUCUCCUAGUCAGACCUGAGCAAAGGAAAUGGUUUCAAAUAUUUGAAAUUCUUUGGCUGCACUUGAUUUAAUCUCCCUGUCUCUGGAGCAGCCUUAAAAGCGAAACAUUUAAACACAACAUGCACUGUUCCUUUUUUAUUUUACUUUACAAGUAUUUGAAACCUGUUCCACUGCAGAAGUUUUAGAGGUCUGAACUUCAACCUCCCCUUUACACAAGUGUUCUGUCCAACUAUUCAUUUUACUACAGUUUUUUUUACAAUAGUUCUUCCUGUACGAGCUUGCCAAAGAUAGUCGAACACACACAGACUUAUAGACGUCUACUUAACUGUACUUUUCGGUCCACUCUUCAUUGAGAGCUCAGGAAGAGGUCAGACCGAAUGCAGUAUUUAUAAAAUGCAGACAGGGAUUCCACUCAAACCCAUACUAUGGUAUGAAUGCAGCAGUUCUUUUUUUUAAAUCAGUGAAAAUAAUAUCAUAGCAGGAUUUUAGAAAGAAACACGUCUGCCUUUUACCAGGCGGACUCAGAAAGAUGCUUCCACAACCUUUUUCAGGAUGUUUUGUGCAUCUGAAGUAGUUUGUAAAUUAAGUAUUCUGCACGAGCAGUACCACAGUGCAGAUAGGUUUGUUGGAAACCCAAGUAUGUUUGACAUACACGUGAUCAUCUGUUGUGCCUUGAGAGUAGAUUCAACAUGUCGUUGCCUGGCUCCACACACCAUCUGGAAUCGUUUCACUUACUUCUGUGUUACUCGGUCACCGUCGCCCGCCACAUAUGUACCCUCACGGCACUGUAGGCAGGUGGAGACAAACACCGAAAGACCCUGAAAGGAUUUCAGAGGCAUAUCUUUUUAAAAUCAGGUGUCUAUUCUUAAUGUUUGUGGGGAAAAUGAGUCCAGUUAUCCUUUAUAUAUAUAUAUAUAUAUAAAUAUAUAUCUGUUGAGGAGUUUGACAUUAGCUGCUUUCUGUUUUUUCAAUAUGCAACCACUUUGGUCAUACAAGAAAUGUAAUUACAGCGUGUCUGGAAAAGAAACAAACAAUAGAAGAGUUGUUUUCUUUGCACUGAAACAUAACCUUUUUCUGUUUUAAAAAGUUGAUUGUAGUUGAGUCUGGAAACCGGCCUGUUACCGUUCAGUGCUGGACAGAGAUGUAGCCAUCAGCGCUGGGUUUCCUGGAAACAUCUCAUUGCUAAACAUCCGACACUUUUCCAGCUAAAUCAAAGAGACUCAAAGCACGUUUGCAGUAAUCUUGGAGAUUAAUAUCCCCUUUUAAAUGCCCCUUAUUGCAAAAGUCCUGUUUUGAUUACCCUGGUGUUGAGAUGCUUCUGGAAAACCAAGCCCAGGUGACGAUGAUGUCAUUUUCAUGGUUCUUCCACAGACCGGCUGGCUGGAAACUGGCCACGACUGUUCCACUAAGGAAGGAGAUUUAUUUGGUUUAUUUAUUUAAAACAUGUACAGUAUUUAAAAGUAAAAAAAGCAAAAAACAAGAGAAGCUCUUUGUUUUCUUGACACUAAAAUAUGCGUUUACCGAGGGUUUUCUUUUGAGACAAAUGACAAUUUGGACUACUGAGAGUUGUGACAUCCCCAAGUGUUUUUGUUGGGUCAACUACAGUACGUUUUGUUUUUUUAAAAAGGAUCAUUCUGGUUGGUUGAUGUGCAAUAUGUUUUGUAUGCAGGUAGUUCUUAAAUAAACUUGAUCUUCCAUGUAGAUCUAAAACUCAA